AUGGAAGAAAUAGACGUUGAAAAACAUUACGCUGGUCAUGCAACUAUCUUCUCUACUAGAUUAUUCUAUGGUGGAGAGUUUAGGAAGUUUCCUGGACAGAGCUACAUCAAGGGCAAAGAAAGAUACGUUGAUCUAUUGGACAUUGAUGAGUUUUGUGUGCAUGAUAUUGAUGAGAUGAUGGAGACCCUAGGCUAUGUUGAGGAGGGUAAGUUGCUUUAUUACCACUUUAAAAGACCCUUUUCAGAUUUGGACUUUGGGUUAUUUGUAUUGGCUAGUGACAGUGACAUCAACCAUUUGGGUACAUACGUAGGUACUUUCGCAGACCUUGGUCAACUUGACCCAUGUGGGCCCAGUCAAAGCAAUAAAGAAAGUGAAGAAAACAAGUGUCAAUGGGUACUUUAUGCUAGCAAGUGGGAACAAGAUGUUGACUGGGAGAUCAAGACCUACGGAAAAGAGCAUAGAUAUCUACAAACAAGAAAUGUGAAAGCUUGUACCUACAAGUUCCUGGCCAGGAAAAUAGUGCAACAGAUUGAAAGCAACCCUACAGUCCUUACCCGAGCUUUACAAGAACAACUUCAACGUGAAUACCAAGUAGAUAUUUCGAAGAUGAAGGUACUUAGGGCUAAACAGAAGCAUUGA